AUGGCCCAGUUCUCUCCCAGCCCCGGCCUCGAGUCGACCCGCCUCGGUAACCACCCUGUGUCAGCCGGAGGGACACUCAACAUCGACGGACUGUACAUGAAGCCUUCAGCCAAUCUUUCGCCCGUCACGGACGGGGCCCACGAGGAACAUCUGCCGAAAGGCAUCACGGAAACGGAAGACGAAAAGCAGAACCAUUGGUUUGUCGGCAGCAUUGACCAGGGCACCACAUCGUCCCGUUUCCUCAUCUUCAAUGGCGAGGGCAACCCCGUUGCGAGCCAUCAAAUCGAGUUCGAGAACCUCUAUCCCAAGUCUGGGUGGCAUGAGCAGGACCCGUAUGAGCUGCUCAAUUCCGUCCAACAAUGCAUUGAUGGGGCCAUGCACAAGUUUGCCAGCCUCGGCUACUCCAAAGAGAAUAUCCGGGCCAUUGGCAUUACGAAUCAGCGCGAGACGACGGUGGUCUGGGAUAGCGUGACGGGCGAGCCGCUGCACAAUGCCAUUGUGUGGCCCGACACACGCACGUCGGCCCUUGUGCGUGAGCUAAAGGCUCGCCAGUCGGCCGACAGCCUGCUUGAGCUCUGCGGCCUGCCCUUGUCAACAUAUCCCAGCAGUGUGAAGCUGCUCUGGCUGAUACAGAACGUCGAUGCUGUCAAGCAGGCUUACGAGGAGGGCCGUUUGGCCUUUGGCACCGUCGACUCAUGGCUCAUCUACAAGCUGAACGGUGGUGCGCAGGCUGAGAGGCCCAUUCACGUUACCGACAGUACCAAUGCAAGCCGUACCAUGUUCAUGAACCUGCGCACCCUGCAGUACGACGACAAGCUGCUGGGCUUCUUUGGCAUCGAUCGGAAUAAGAUCAAGCUACCGAAGAUUGUCCCUUCAUCCGACCCCGAGGCCUUUGGCAAGGUAGCCACUGGUGCGCUUGCGGGUGUGCCAAUUGCCGGCUGCUUAGGCGACCAGUCCAGCGCGCUUGUCGGCCAGUGCGGUUUCAGUCCAGGCCAGGCCAAGAACACGUACGGCACGGGCUGCUUCCUGCUCUACAAUGUCGGCACAGAGCCCGUCAUCUCAAAGUACGGCCUGUUGGCAACGGUUGCGUAUGAUUUUGGCCGUGGCCGCAAGCCGGUGUAUGCGCUGGAGGGCAGCAUUGCCGUCGCCGGUGCCGGCAUCACCUUUCUCAUGAACAACCUUGGCUUUGCCCCCAAGCCAAGCGAGAUCAACGCGCUGGCCGAGUCAGUCCUCGACAACGGCGGUGUCGUUUUUGUGACUGCCUUUAGCGGGCUCUUUGCCCCAUAUUGGAUCGAUGAUGCCAAGGGCACACUCUUCGGCAUCACUCAGCACACAACAAAAGGCCACAUCGCGCGCGCAACCCUCGAAGCAACCUGCUACCAGACUCGCGCGAUCCUCGAUGCUAUGGAAAAGGACUCCGGGCACAAGCUUGAGUCGCUCGCCGUCGAUGGCGGGCUGUCUGCCUCCGACCUCUGCAUGCAGACACAGGCCGACAUCAGCGGCAUCCCCGUGGACCGGCCCCGCAUGCGCGAAACGACUGCGUUAGGCGCAGCCAUCGCCGCGGGGUUGGCCACGGGCGUGUGGCGCGAGCUGGACCACGUAAAGGAGUCUAUUGCUGGCGGUGCGAACGGAAAUGGGAAGAAGAAUGCGCGUGAGGUGUUUUACCCCAAGAUGGAUCGCAAGAAGGCGGAGAGGUUGUUUAGGAAGUGGGAGCAGGCUGUGGAGAUGAGCCGGGGGUGGGUGAGGGAGCAAGAAGAGGAGGAUGGAGAGUAA